CACCGCUCGGGAGGAGGUUGCUCCGAGGUUCCAGCUUCAGGAAGGAUGUUACCUCUCAUGAUGGGAAAGUUAAUGUUGCUGCUGCUACUGCCCCUGGGUCAGGCUGCUCCCAAGGAUGGAGCCACAAGGCUGGACUCUGAAGUGCAGCAUCAGCUCCUGCCCAACCCCUUCCAGCCAGGUGGGGAGCAGCUCCGACUUCUGCAGGGCUACCUAAAGGGACUAGAGAAGAUGGAAGAGGAGCCCGAGUCCCUGACCCGGGAGCAAGUUCUCCUCUACCUCUUUGCCCUUCAUGACUAUGACCAGAGUGGACAGCUGGAUGGCUUGGAACUUUUGUCCAUGUUGACAGCUGCCCUGGCCCCUGGGGUUGCUGACUCUCCUACCACCAACCCGGUGGUCCUGGUAGUGGACAAGGUGCUUGAGACCCAGGACCUGAAUGGGGAUGGACUCAUGACCCCUGCAGAGCUCAUCAACUUCCCAAGAGAGGCCCCCAGGCAUGCAGAGCCCAGAGAGCCCCUUGCUCCGUCUCCCCCAGAGCCACAAGCUGUUGGGAGGCAGUCCAUGUUAGCUAAAAGCCUGUUAAGACAAGAAACACAGGAAUCUCUGGAUCCCAGAAAAGAAGCUAGGGGCCAGGGAGAGGCCAGAAGGGAGUCCUUGGAGCCUGUCCAGGAGGCCGGGGGCCAAGCAGAGGCUGAAGGAGAUGUCCCAGGUCAUGAAGGAGAGGCUAGGGACCAGGCAGAGACUGAAGAUAUCCCAGGUCUUGGUGGGGAGGCCAGGGGACAGGCAGAGGCCAGAGACAAUGGGGAGGAAGCCAAAGAGCUUCCAGGCGAAACACCAGAGUCUAAGAACACCCCAGAUGAUUUUGAAGUUCAUAGUAUUCAGCUGGAGAAUGAUGAGAUAUAAACCUUAAGGGUACAGGCUUGCACCCUUGAAGUCUCAGUGCCAGAACAUAAGCCUCCCAAGGGAGGCGUGUUAUGUUGGGACCACCUCUGGAUUCCCUUCUUGGCCCCAGUAGGAGUCAGGUCUUUCUGUGCAGCUCAGGGAGAUCCUAAGUUAAACAGCAGCUUUAGGGCCCAGACGACCAAUAAAGAACUGAAUCAAUUCACCACCCACCCAGGGCCAUCUAUCUCCCAGAUCCAGCCUGCCCAGGCCCCCUCAGGGGCAUGGGGCUUGGGGAAUGAACAGGUCUCUUGGAGAGACAGGGAUUAAGCUUUCCUGGUGUGUCUAGGCCCAGUUUGCUAAGAAAGCAGAGUCUACAGCACCAGCCACAGUGAACUGCAGAUGACCCUGUGAAGAAAGCUCAGUCUAUCCCUGGGACCCAACCACUGUUCUGUUCCCCCUUCACCUGGUGCUCAGAUACCCUGUGUCCUCCUGCACCUCAGGGCAGAUGGUCCCCAUCACCCUGUGUCUACCCCUCCCUCAGUAAUAUUAAUAAUAACUACCGGGUUUUGAGAACUUAGUACACACACCAGGCACCAUGCUGGGCAUUUUCUGUGAUCAGGAAGAAUUAGCUCCGUUUGACAGAUGAGGAAAUUGAGAAAACCUGAGCUUAGUACUAUGCCCUAAGGUGGACAUACAGCUAAUUAAAUGGCAGAUUUGAAUCCAGGUCCAUCUGACUCUAAAGCCCAUGUCUUUUGUCUCAUUGUAAGGCCUUACUCACCCUUCCCCAACUUCCAUAUUGGAGUUGGCCCCUAAUUUCAAUUUGCUUUCAAGAUCCAAUCUCCCUGAGGGGCUGCAACACUCUGCAUCCUGAGUCACACUUGUGGCUGAGGCAUCACCUUAGGCCA